ACUCGGGCAAUGUUCUCAUUGGGUGCUGUCUUUUAGGUUCUCUCCCUGUCGCUUUAACACAGAUUGGAAGUGGAACAGUCAAACGGCACAGUCACUCUAAGCUGCAAGUGUCCGUCGACACCGAUUGCUUCAUCUCAUCGUUAAUGAAUAACAGUGACUACGUUUGUUGAACAGAAAUGGCUGCUUCCAGAACAAACUUGAGGCUGGUCUUUCAAAGACGUGAGAAGAUUACUUCCCUGCCUUUGUAUUAUGAUGGGAUUCUGUGGAAAAAAAGCUCGAGGGCUAAGAACUUCCAAAGAUACUGGUCAGAGUUACGAGGAUCUUCAAUAUUCUUUUAUUGUGAUGAAAAGGAAUCAAUGUACACAGAAAAACUGGAUCUCCAACAUUUUGUAUCGAUCGAAGAUGACAACAGUGGAGGUAAAGACUCCCAAGCGGCUAGCUUUCGACUGCAGUUGAUCAAUGAGGGGGUGAAGCUGAGGGCUGAAAAUGUGGAAGCUAGAGAAGAAUGGAAAGGUUACAUUAUUACAGUCUCUCAGUUGGAGGUUCCCCGUGAUUUAUCACUGCUGCCAGGACAGACGCUCUGUCUGGAAGAGGUGGUUAAACAAGAAAGACUUCGUCAGUCAAGUGCUCCAGUGAGACCAGAAUUGCAGAGAAUUUUGGUGGAGAAGCCUGAUCCAGAUCUCUAUGAUGAUGUGUUGACCGCAAUGCCAAAGUGUUUCUACAAAAUUUCUCGAAAUGAGGCUGAAGCCAUGUUGGAAAGGCACCCUGAGAAUGGGAACUUGAUACUACGGCCUUCCACCGAGAACACAAACUACUCAAUCAGUACUCUGAUCACACAAUGCAGUAAGCGAGUCCUAAAACACUACAGGGUGACCUGUGAAGAGACCGGGUUUAUCAUUUGGGUGGACAAUCCGGUCACAUGUAGGACCCUUCAGGAAGUUAUUGAUCAUUUUAUAAAAGAGACCAAAGGGGUUUUGAAACCGUACAUAGACUCUGAGGUGUAUGCUGACAAAAUUGAGGUGUCUAAAAGUCCAAAUGAAAAGGCAAACAAGACGUUGCCUGUAUCAAGAGUAGCCCCAAUUCAACAUUCUCCAGUCCUACCACCUGAGCAUCCAGGCAUCCCAGGAAAAAUGAAAUUUCCAACCCAAUCUCCACGAAAGCAGCCUUUAAAACAAGAAGUGAGCAGCAGAAGUCCAGUGAACAUGGAACCUGAGCCAAGUUACAUGAAUGAUGAACUUCUUCUAAAACUGAACCAGGUGAUCAUAGCAGAUGAUAGGCCUCCAACCCGUACUCCUCCAAAACCAAGAUCAUCUCGGCUCCUUGCUGCAGGUGGAGCUAGUAGUGAUGAACUAAUGGCAAAGCUGAACGAGAGACGGGCAAGACUGGGAGAUUAACAAACUGUGAUUCAAAUGCAUAUUUAUGUUACUGAGUUAGAGAAGCUGCAAACACAAGCAUUGCACUUCGGUUGAAAUCACUGACUCUUUGAAUGUAAAGUACAUCAAAGUAAACAAAAAGAAAAAGUCAGAAUUCUGCGUUUUACCAAUCCACGUCUCUUUAGCCUCAAACUCCAGUGACGUGAAAGGUGAUAUUCUGUCAAGAACAAUUUAAGACCUAGUCCUGUGGUUGGAAAAUCUAAUGAUAAAUUUGAAACAUCGAAUGCAUCUUUCUGUUCUGAAUUCUAGAGGACUUUUAAUUAGGAACCCAUAAGCUAAUGUCCAAGAGCAAACUUUUAAAUCUCUGAAACUUAGGUGGCAGAUACCUACAAGAUUGAGUGAAAAAAAUGAAAGACUGGCGUGGAAGAUAAUCUUGCAAGUUGAUAAUUGAAGGAUUGUUAGUGAUAUUGCAAUGCUAUUAUUUUCGAAGCUUCACUCAGGUGGUGCAAAUGCAGAAAGAACUCAUCGAUCACACCCUUAAAUAUCCCAAAGUGAUACAGCAUCUGAAGUAUUUUGGUGCUGUUGUAGUGAAGGGACAGCCUAUUUGUACAAGGCAAGGUCCCACAAACACCAAUGGAAUUAUCUGAUUAUUAUUCAUUUUAGUGAUGUUGGUCGAGUGAUCAAUAUAGGUCUAGUGACCAGGAAAUUUUACCUAACAUUUUGCAAAUAGUGACAUGGAAUUUUUUACACACCCAAACAGCUGGUGUCUUGAUUUAGCAACUUACCUUUAAAAAUCUUUUGACUUGGAGGUAAGAGCAUAGUGGCUGAAGUAUUACAAAAUUCAGAAAAGGGAUAUAAUGCUUGCAAAUGUAUCACUUUCAAUUAGGAGUUGAGAGGAAAUUCAAGCCAGUGUUUCCACUGGUAUCAUCAAAAAUAUGAGCAGGUAGCAUGUAAAUUGAAAGCUGAAAUUCUGUAGAACUCACCUAAGUCUGUUUAUCAAUCACAUUGUUUUCCCCUUGCUUUUAGAGCAACUCUGUAUCCAUCUUUCACUGACUGCAUAUCCCAAGACCACAACUUUUAUUUUUGACCUUUCACUUUCCAAUUUCAUAUUGCUGUUUAAAGUGGUUGAGGUUUUAAUUGAACAUUUGUCUUCCAAGUGCUGCCAAAGGCAGUUUCAAGAUUAUGCAACAUACAGGUGUUCCGAUCAUUGAAUCGUACAGAAAAAUGGCAUUCAGCCCACCUUACCAAUUUUUUUUCAGAAGUAUGGUUACAAAGCCAAGCAGCAAAGCGUAGUAUUUACAAAUGAAUUGUACCCGUAUUGAUGUUGUAGUUAGCGAAGUGCGGACUGCAAUCUUUUAAUCGAGGGAACAAAGGUAAUUUUACCAUGCUGUUGAUUGGGAUUAUUGAAUAUUUGCCAUUGGGACCAGAUCCCCUGUAGUAAUGUUCUCAAAACUCAGGCAACUUUAUUGCUUUGAAAGGAUUUAUUUAUGUGUGCUGUAUCAUUACUGAUGGAUAAAACUAAACCAGAACAUUAGGAUUAAACCUUCCACAACAUCGUGGGCCAAAGGGCCUAUUCUGUGCUGUACUUUUCUAUGUUCUAACAUCUGAAGCUCUUAUUAUCAGCCACUUUGGAGUUUUAUGUAAAUUGGUGAGCGCUGAUUUCACUUUUUGUAGCUUGAAGUAUGUAAUGCACAACAAUCCAGAGAAAUAAUAAAACAUACA